AUGUCGGGCUUUGGCGACUUCACCUCCAUCUGCGAGCACACGCCGCUCCCGCUCUGCGCCUCCAUCGGCCCCGUCCUCUCCUCGUCGGGCCGCGUCGGCAUCGAGCCCAGCUGCUACGCGCGCAACAUCGAGGUCGCCAACACAAUCAUCUUUGAGGGCGCCGCCUCCUUCGCGCACAUUGGCGCCCUCGUCAUGACCGUCAUCAUGAUCCUGCACGUCCGCAGCAAGUUCACCGCCGUCGGCCGCAAGGAGAUACUCACUUUUUUUUAUCUGUACAUGCUGCUCACCUUCAUCUCGCUCGUCGUCGACGCCGGCGUCGUCCCGCCCGGCAGCGGACCCUUCCCUUACUUCUCGGCCGUGCAAAACGGCCUGACGAGCGCCGUCGUGACGUGCCUGCUCGUCAACGGCUUCGUCGGCUUCCAGCUCUACGAGGACGGCACGCCGCUGUCCGUCUGGAUGCUGUGGCUCUGCUCGCUCGUCGCCUUUGCCAUUUCCUUCCUCGUGUCGCUGGCGACGUUCAAGGGAUGGGCCGGACUCGGCCCGACGAACCAGGUCGGCCUCUUUGUCGUCCUCUACCUGCUCAACGCCAUUGAGCUGGCCGUCUACGUCGGCAUGCAGAUCCUGCUCGUCGUCCGCACCCUGCAGGACCGCUGGCCGCUCGGCGACAUUGCCUUUGGCAUCUUCUUCUUCGUCGUCGGCCAGGUCAUUCUCUAUGCCUUUAGCGCGCAGAUUUGCGUCGCCGUGAGCCACUACCUGGAUGGCCUGUUCUUUGCGACGGUGUGCAAUUUGCUUGCCGUCAUGAUGGUUUACAAGUACUGGGACUCCAUCACCAAGGAGGAUCUCGAAUUCUCCGUCGGCACGCGCAUGAACAACUGGGAAGUCAAGGAGCUUCUGGGCGAGGACGAGCGCCGCGGCACAAUGUACGCGGAUGAUCCCUAUGCCCAGUCAAGCGGCUACGACAUGCCUUAUUCGCCCACGACGAACCGCUACUCUUCUCGGCAUUAA